AAAUAUAUACUUAGCUUCACGGACUACUUAGCUUCACGGACGAGCUUUUUGUUUGUAUACUUGCAGCUAACAGCAGGGCAAAGCAGAGUGCAGUCAGCUAAUUACUUCAGAUUGAAUUUUAGGUUCUGUUUUUAGCAAAAAUUCUGAUUUGGGUGGGUGGUCUCACUGUUUUGGCGUUGCAUCUGGGGUUGGCUGUUGAGAAUGAGACAACCCAAGAAAGAAAUGAAAUUAUGGGAGUGUUGAAAGACAAUUCCUUGGUUCAUCUUACUCAGAGCUCUACUAGGCAAUUCUUCAUACCAAUAGUGACCCAGGUCAGAAUCAUCUUUUGGGGACAGAGAGGAUGAUGUUGUGUUGGUCGUUCAAGAUGAAUUUGUUUUGGUUUUUUCUAUUGCUGUUUCUGUAUCUUGGGGUGUUCUCAUUUGGGUCCAGCAACAAUGUUUCUUCGAGACCUGCGGUUGUUAAUAUUGGAGCUAUUUUCACCUUUGAUUCUACUAUUGGUAAAGUUGCCAAGCUUGCUAUUGAGGAAGCAGUGAAAGAUGUCAACUCCAAUUUCAGCGUUCUCCAUGGGACCAAACUCUUUGUAAAAAUGCGGAAUUCCAAUUGCAGUGGAUUUGAUGGAAUGGUUCAAGCUUUGCAAUUCAUGGAGACUGAUAUUGUCGCCAUUAUAGGCCCACAAUCUUCUGUAGUUGCCCAUAUCAUAUCCCAUGUUGCAAAUGAACUCCAAGUUCCUCUAUUGUCAUUUGCAGCCACAGACCCAACUCUCUCAUCCCUUCAGUUCCCUUUUUUUGUUAGGACAACACGUAGUGAUUUGUAUCAAAUGAGUGCAGUGGCGCAAAUUGUUGAUCAUUAUGGUUGGAAGGAGGUUAUUGCCAUUUUUAUAGAUGAUGAUUAUGGACGUAAUGGCAUGUCAGCUUUAGAUGAUAAACUUGCAGAGAGGCGCUGUAGAAUUUCCUACAAGUUGGGAAUUCCCCCAGGACCUGGAGCUACCCGGGGCGACAUCAUGGAUCUUCUUGUUAAUGUCGCACAAUUGGAAUCUCGAGUUAUAGUUCUUCAUGUGAAUCCUGAUUCAGGUCUCAUGAUUCUCUCUGUGGCACAUUAUCUUCAAAUGAUGGGUGAUGGAUUUGUAUGGAUAGCUACAGAUUGGCUGUCAUCUCUUUUAGAUUCUGCUUUGCCUCUUCCUUCUGAGACCAUGGAUACAUUGCAAGGAGUUCUUGUUUUGCGCCAACACACCCCAGAUUCAGAUAGAAAGAGGACCUUUUUCUCCAAGUGGAACAAGCUGACUGGUGGUUCUUUGGGACUGCAUUCUUAUGGGCUUUAUGCUUAUGAUUCUGUUUGGCUGGUUGCUCAUGCUCUUGAUGCAUUUUUUAACCAGGGUGGGAUCAUUUCAUUCUCUAAUGAUUCUAGGAUAAAGUCUGUAGAAAAAGGUGGUAGUCUUCACCUUGAAGCAAUGAGCAUUUUUGAUGAUGGACCGCUCCUGUUGAAAAACGUAUUGCAAAGUACUUUUCUUGGUUUGACAGGUCCUAUUAAGUUUGAUUCAGAGAGGUCUCUUGUUCUUCCAGCAUAUGAUAUUAUUAAUGUACUUGGUACUGGGUUUCGAAGAAUUGGUUACUGGUGUAACUAUUCUGGUUUAUCAACUGUUCCCCCUGAGAUGCUCUAUUCAAAGCCACCUAAUCGUUCCAGUGCAAACCAACAAUUAUACAGCGUUAUCUGGCCAGGGGAGACAUUGUCAAAGCCCCGUGGUUGGGUUUUCCCAAACAAUGGGAAGCAACUAAGAAUUGGUGUGCCUAUUCGUGUCAGUUACCUGGAAUUUGUAUCACAGGUUCGGGGAACUGAUAAUAUGUUCAAGGGUUUCUGCAUAGAUGUAUUCAUUGCUGCUGUAAACUUGUUACCAUAUGCUGUUCCAUACCGAUUUAUCCCUUUUGGAGAUGGUCAGAAAAACCCAAGCUACAACGAGCUUGUGUAUUCUGUUGCAACGGGCGUCUUUGAUGCUGCUGUUGGUGACAUUGCCAUUGUUACAAAUCGAACGAAGAUUGUGGAUUUUUCACAGCCAUAUGCUGCCUCUGGACUUGUUGUAGUGGCUCCAUUUAAAAGAUUGAACUCUAGUGCUUGGGCUUUCCUUCGGCCAUUUACUGCACGUAUGUGGGUUGUCACUGCUGCUUCCUUUCUUGUUAUUGGUAUAGUUGUGUGGAUUUUGGAGCAUAGGAUAAAUGAUGAAUUCAGGGGUCCACCUAAAAAGCAACUUAUAACCAUCUUGUGGUUUAGCAUCUCAACUCUGUUCUUUGCCCAUAGAGAGAACACUGUGAGCACCCUUGGUCGUCUAGUUCUCAUCAUAUGGCUCUUUGUGGUUUUGAUAAUCAACUCAAGUUACACUGCCAGUCUGACAUCAAUUCUUACAGUGCAGCACCUAUCUUCUCCAAUUAAAGGAAUUGAAAGCUUGAAAAAUAGUGAUGAGCCAAUUGGGUAUCAAGUGGGUUCCUUUGCUGAACAUUAUUUGAGUGAGGAACUUGGCAUAUCCAAAUCCAGGCUUAUUCCCCUUGGGUCUCCUCAAGCAUAUGCGCAGGCGCUCCAGCUUGGUCCUAAAAAGGCCGGAGGUGUUGCUGCUGUGGUUGAUGAGCGUCCUUAUGUUGAAGUCUUCCUCUCAUCACAGUGCAAAUUUAGGGUUAUAGGUCAAGAGUUCACCAAAAGCGGUUGGGGUUUUGCAUUUCCACGCGACUCUCCUUUAGCUGUUGACAUGUCAACUGCACUUCUACAACUCUCAGAGAAUGGUGAUCUGCAGCGGAUCUAUGAUAAGUGGCUGAGGCAAAGCUCUUGCACUUUAGAGAGCACUGAACUUGAGUCAGACCGGCUUCACCUUAAAAGUUUUUGGGGCCUCUUUCUCAUAUGUGGAAUAGCUUGCUUCAUUGCUCUCUUCAUAUAUUUUUUGCAAAUUCUGAACAAGUUACGCCAUGCUGACCCAACACCAUGUGUUUCAACUAGUCCAGGUAACUCACGAUCUAGGCAACUCCGGAGAUUUUUAUCAUUAAUUGAUGAGAAGAAAGACCCCUCCAAUAGUGGAAGUAAAAGAAAGAAAAUAGUUAGAUCGUUUUCCGACAAUGAUAAGGAUGACAAGUUGGGGCGGAAUCCCGAAAAGAAACAAACAGAAAUGACUAAUAGGAGCGAAAUUAACUCCAACAAUUAACUCAUUCAUUAGAUCAUCGUAAUUGUAUCAAUGCUUGUAAGUCCUCAUUUAACCUUACCUUAGCAUUAGUAUUAUUUUGAAUAAUCUAUAUGUAUAUACUUUAUAUUCUGGGAACUUAUGUUGGAAUUCUGAUGCCAAUGUCAAGCUAAUAUUUAGCAUA